AUUCAGUUAGGAGGUGAACAGUUCACGUGUGUCAUAACUCAAAACUCAACCACCGUGUGCUUUCACCAAGUUUUUGGUGUUACAGCUAUUUCAAAAUACUUUCUUGUGAAUAUCACAAUCAUCCUCAACUACAAUACAAUAACUUAAAAAUUAAAGAAAAACCCAACCUAUUAAAAAGUUCAAUUUGCAGUUCUAUGCUUGGGAUUUCACAGUAGCAAAAACAGAUGGAGGCAAGAAACCAGACCCUCCAACACCUACAAGCUUCUACUGCAACAACCUCAACACUAUUCAUGGUGGAUUUGGUGUUGAGGGGAAUCGCAUUUUCCACCACUUUAGCGGCAGCAGUAGUCAUGGGCAGGGACAAGGAAACCGAAGGCCUAUUCAUCGCCAAAUUUAGCUUUUCUCCAGCUUUCAGCUUCUUUGUGGCCGUUAACGGUGCUGGUUGCUUCUACUCGAUGCUAUCACUGGUCAUCCUCAGUUUUCAAGCUUCACAGGCCUCAUCACUGAGAAUGAGGCUGGUGUUCAUAUCUCUAGAUGUGGUUCUGAUGGGUUCACUUAUAGGAGGGGCAUCUGCUGCAACUGCAAUAGCAUAUGUGGGACGCAAAGGCAACAAGCAUGCCAAUUGGCUCCCCAUAUGCAAACUUUUCUCAAGGUUUUGUGACCAUGUUGCUGGGGCGCUGCUGGUCUCAUAUGUUGGGGCACUGUGUUUCCUUCUACUUGUUCUCACAUCAGCUGUUACACUCAAUAUUUUUUUGAUGCAAGCAUCAGAAGGGAAGUCCUAACCUAAUAUCAGCACUCAUGGACAAUGUGCAUCUUCUUGUCUCUCUCCAAAAAAGUGGGAGAGAAUUUGAAGAAAUGAUGAAAAAAGAUUAUAAAUUUAUGGUUAUUUCUACAAUUCCACAGACCUUGGUGACCGAGGAGAUACAUAGACAGAUGAGUCAUAAUUGUCUGUGUGUGUGUCAGAGAGAGAGAGAGAGAGCGCAUCCUUUUUCAUUGCAGAGAAAACAACAAAAAUACUAAUACGAUAGAUAAUACAAUUGAAAUAAAACGAGAGAGAGAGAGAGUCGAGUCAAGUCUUCUAGUCAUGUGAAAGGGGAAGGACUAAGAGUUCACACUAAUGACAAAGUCAUAGUUUGAUCAAAGCAUGAGAUGUUUCCGAUCCUAGAAAGCAAUUUAUUAGAAGAGCACAAUGACUGAGGCCUUGGCCUAGGCGGUCAGGGUGGCGGAGCCACAACAUGACGUCAAGGGUUUUAUUCUUACCGGUUAACAUGUCAAAGAAAGAAACACGAGGAAGGGGGGAGAGCACACUUUUGGGGACAUAGUAGCUACCUAGAAAAGCAGGAAUAUAGUAAUUUAGCACCUUCUAACACAUCAAGUUCAACUCAAGAAUGCAAUGAACUGUUACACUUUUUUUUGCGAUGUACUCCAUGACCCAUUCCUUUUCUUCCUCACCUUUGAUUUGAGGCAAUUGCUUACCUUCUUGUUUGAUCAGGAUACAGAUAAGAUAGAAAACGCCAUCAUUACAAUAUGAAUAUUAUUUAAACUUAAGGACACAAGAGUAACUGUUGGAGUACAUUGUUAAGAAGCUUAGCUAUUUUUGGUGCAAU